CUGAUGGGGAUGGGUGAGGAUGUGCUGGUCAGAGCCACCUGUAUAGAAAUGGUGACAUCACUGGCAUAUACUCAUCAUGGAUGACAGUACCUUGCAUAAGAAGGAGUAAUUGACCAGAUUUCUAACCUAAUUGUUGGGUCAGAUUCAGACCCUUUCUCGAGCUUCUAUUUGCCAGGGUUUGUGACGUUUUUUGGAAACUUGGCUAUAAUGGAUAGUCCUCAACAGAUCUGUGAGCAUUAUCCUGUCUUUGUGGAAAAGGUCUUUGAAAUGACAGAAAGUCAAGACUCCACCAUGAUUAGUGUAGCAGUGGACACAGUUGGAAUCCUGGAAUCCAGUGUUGAAGGAGAACAGGUUUUACAGAAAACAGGAACUCGCUUUGAACGUUUGCUUACAAGAAUAGGACAUCAAGCAAAGAAUGCCUCAACAGAGCUAAAACUUAGGUGUUUGGAUGCAAUUUCAUCUCUUCUAUAUUUACCACCUGAGGAGCAAACUGAUGACCUUCUGAGGAUGACAGAAUCCAGGUUUUCUUUUUUAUCUCGGGACCCACUGGAACUCUUUCGUGGCAUCAGUAAUCAACCCUUCCCUGAACUACACUGUGCUGCCUUAAAAGUGUUCGCGGCCAUUACAAACCAACCCUGGGCUCAGAAACUUAUGUUUAACAGUUCAGGUUUUGUAGAAUAUGUGAUGGACCGGUCCAUGGAACAUGACAAAGCUCCAAAAGAUGCCAAGUAUGAACUAGUAAAAGCACUUGCCAAUUCCAAGACAAUUGCAGAAAUCUUUGGGAACCCAAAUUAUUUGAGGCUGAGGACUUAUCUGAGUGAAGGUCCAUACUAUGUGAAGCCUAUUUCCAUGACAGCAGUGGAAGGAGCUGAAUAAUUUCUUCUUGAGUCUAAUAUAGAGGACAAUUUUCUGACCCGAACUUCUCCAGACGGAUUUGACUCCAUCUGUAUGGUACAAAACCGAGACUUUCCUCCCUCCAAAAUUACCAUGGAAUAUCUAAUGUAACUUUAUCACCAAUAUUUGUUGUGUUUCUACAUUGAUACAUGGUAUGGAACCAGGAGUUUUGGUGUACAUUGAAAGCAGGAAAAUCUGGUCUUAAUUAAACCAUGUAUUUUUCAGAUUCCUUUGAUUGCCUUAAUCUUUGCAAAACGGUAGCUAUAUGGUUCUCCUCCCUGAAAACUUCAUGGACAUGCACACUGUCUUAUUCAAAAUUUGCUUUAAAUAGAAUGGAA